GCGCCAGGGCGCGGAGCACCGAUCGAACCGAUGAGCGGGGGCGCAGCUCCGGCGCAGGCCGUCGCCGGGUGCGCGCCCACUGUCUCCCCUUGCCCUCUGUCCUCCGCGGCUCUCCGCUCCUUCCCUAGGCACCCGCGUCCGCCGCACGCUGCCCGAGAGAGCUGCCGGGAGCUCCCCGGAGCCUCAGGUGGUGAUACUUUACUGGGAAAUAAAAAAGUACUCCAGGAAUAAAAAGUAUGCCUCCCAAAUUUAAACGCCACCUAAAUGAUGAUGAUGUCACUGGUUCGGUGAAAAGUGAAAGGAGAAAUCUUUUGGAAGAUGAUUCAGAUGAAGAAGAGGACUUUUUCCUAAGGGGACCAUCUGGACCAAGAUUUGGACCUAGAAAUGAUAAAAUCAAGCAUGUUCAGAAUCAGGUGGAUGAAGUUAUUGAUGUCAUGCAAGAAAAUAUCACAAAGGUAAUUGAAAGAGGGGAGAGACUAGAUGAACUACAGGACAAAUCAGAAAGCUUAUCGGAUAAUGCAACUGCUUUUAGCAAUAGAUCCAAACAACUUCGAAGGCAAAUGUGGUGGCGCGGAUGCAAAAUAAAAGCCAUCAUGGCUUUGGUUGCUGCAAUCCUCUUGCUAGUGAUUGUCAUUCUCAUAGUUGUGAAAUAUCGUACUUGAUCUGAUGGAGCUCCUCAUUAUACAAGAUCUGGGACAUUAAUGAUAAAAGACUGCUGCAUAAUUUAAACGAAACCUAUGUAUAUAACUUUCAAACUUCUUUUUCAAGAAACUAAGAGGCAAGUAUCACUUCAAAUUGGAGCAUUGAGAAUGUCUUCUUCCCUUGCAACAAAAUGUACUUUGAGUAAUUGUAUAAAGCAAAGAUAACUAUUUAGCUGUAUUCCAAGGAUCUAAUUUGAAACCAGAUACUUGCCAGUUCAUUAUUUGUGUAUAUAGUCAAUGCUGAGUGACAAUAUUUCAUACUCAUAUUUUAGUGGCAGAAGGUCUUGCAUCAUUGCAUCAAGAUGCAGGUCGGGCUAGGGCCUACAUGACCGAUGGCCUAUGUAGAGAACCAAGCCAUUAUGCUAAAGGCGAUCCAUACCACUGUACCAGUGUUUGCAAGGGUGUCAUUCUUUUUAUAAUACGAUUGCUUUGUAAACAAUUUCCAUGUUUGUGGGUGUAACAAAAGCUAAAUGUUUCUGCUUUCUACUAUAACUAAAAACAUUCCAAUAAACCUAUUUUUGACUGUAUAAGGGAAAGUGAACUAAUUUUCUGGUAUUCAGACUAUAGAAACAGGACACUUAAGCAGUGUGAGAAACAGCAUGACACCAUAAAACUGAAGUUAAUAAACCUGCUGGCAAGUGUCAUUAGAGUAUCUAAAAAUGACUAACACGAGCUGCCGGUCACGGUUGAGUCUGUUGUCAGUUAAACUCCAAUAAGGAGGGACCAGUCCUCAUGUAAGUGAAGUCCACUGGUAACUUUAUUCGAUUUUUAUUAAUAGUUUUUCUCUUUAACUGUAACUCUUUUACCAGAAGCACUAAAGCUAGAAAAGUCAUCUGUUUUGAAUUUUCUGUCCCCAUCAUCCUUGGGGAGAUGGAUGUUGCCCAAUCAAGUGUCCAAACACCCGACAGUAACGUGGGACAGAGUCAGAAGUAUUGGUUACCUGAAUGCAGACUACUCAGCCAGCCAGUAGCCAAAGGCUAAGCGGUUGCCAUUAAUCCUUGCCUGGUUUUGUAAUCAUGGAACACACAUCAGCCUUGUUCAGACAAGUCAAAAUUAAAUGCAUACUGAUGUGUGUAAGGAGGAACCAUUACCAUAAAAUUGGAGAGUCUGUAGCAACUUGUGUACUUGGACACCUUAGAUCAGAAAUAGUGUUAAUGGAAAGAAGCAGUAUAUAAAAAGGGAAAACACUGAUCCCGUGUAACAAAUUUUAUUUCUUUGGUCAUUUUAAUUUAAAAUUUAUAAAACAUAGAACCUAAAUGCUUCUGUCUGUGUGUUUAAUUCUACAGUAUUAGUACUAAGAAAUAAUGUUCUUUUUAGAAAUUUAAAGGAAAACAGACACUCAAGAUACAAGUUAUAAAGUCCUAAUUAUGAAGGUUGAGUUUUAUAGUUCACUUAGAGCAUUUGAAAAGGUAAUGGUCUUACAUAUUACAAAGUUCUGUUUGCUCUCCUCUCUGCAGUGUCAGCUAAGUGAACAGCUGUGAACUGCUAAUAAACCCUUCCAGGGUGACUGGGAAAGAGGGAGCGUUUUUAGCAUUUCAGUAGCUAAUAGUUCGGAAACAGAACUGUUUUGAUGGAAUGGGCAGAAUCGGGCCUAACAUACAUAUGUGUAUCCUUUAUCUGUAUUGGAACUAGACCUAUAAGUGAUUCAUCUUCUGUUAAUUGGUGUAGAAACCUGGCUCCUCUACCAUACCUGUUCAUGAAAAUGAAGAUUAUUUCUUUAAAAGAUUCCACAUUUCCAGUUUCUUUUAAUAAACUAUGCCACUUUUGAUGAAACAGCUAUUAAAAAUUAUGAAAUUAUUUUUAAAUUUGUAAUCAUGAAAAUAAAGGAAAUAUUUAUAUGAUAA